AUUCACCUGGUAAACAUGGGUGUGGUAUCUGAUAUUAAACAGAUAAAAGUAAUUUAUUAGUCAUUAAGUGCAUUUAUCACGUAGUUUCCUCGAUUAAAAUGUCUCGUAAUUACAAUCCUGUUCCUACUGGACUUUUGGAAACAAAUUUAGAUCGUGAAAUAUCACAAUCAAAGCACAGUGUCUAUUCACUUCAAUCUGUUUUAGAAUCAGAAGGAGAGGAAGACUUUAGAAGUGUUUUUGAAAAAUGUCUCACUCGAGUCCCAUAUGCAACUUUAAUAGCAACAAUAAUGUGCGCCCUGGGGGUAGUGAUUUUCUGCGGCACUAUGUACAGGGGUGCUACACUAACAGUUUUGAUGUUCACUAAUGUGUUCAAUAUACAAUUAUUUUGGGUUGAUGCUGUUAAGAUGACAUUCGUUUUAAUUGGAGCUUGUAUGGGUGCAUUGGGAUUGAUGAUAUUGACUGUAGGAUUUCUAGCUACAGGCGCUACAAGGCAUAAAGUUUAUAGGGGAUGGGGUUGGAGAGUUAGUGGAAGACUGACAUGUGCAAUUUUCAUGUGCGUAACGUACGUACUCCAGAUAGCGUGGAUCAUGAUUUUUUGUUUCCUAGUCAUAGCGACGUUUGUGUUCACGAUAUUUUGGAAAAUGUGCGAGAAUCCGAGAGUGGCGUCUUUCCAAGACGACAUCGAUUUGACGCAGUUUUAUUUUAUGUUCCCCUCUGACAUGAGACAGGAACAUAUGAAAAUAUCAGGAGAAAGUGGUGUGAAAGCCUUUUGCAAGGACCACGUUGAAAAAAUCGAAAUUAUGUUCAUUUUAGCAACCGUUUCGUCUGUACUUGUAAUUUUAAGUUUGAUUCACUAUCUGAUGUGUCUAUCUGCGAACUACGCUCAUAUUAGGGAUCAGGAUAAAUUCUUGCAGUUCCAAGAUUUACAAAUGCUGAACGAUCACGAACUUUUAGCUGGAAAGGAUAGAUUCUAGGAUACAGCCCGGGAGAUACAUAUGCCCGAGAUCAGCUGGCAAAACAUGAUGGUAGCCAAUGAUUAAUCAGUAUUUUGCAAAAAAGAAUAAUAGUAAAUUCGCG